AUGGAUAGUGCAGGUCGGGUUCGCAUCUAUCACGGCGCCAAUUUUGUCAUGAAAGGGUUUCCAUGGUAUCCAAGUGAAUUACUCGACGAGGACUUUGUGGCUAAUAUGGAAAGAUGGGGUUUGAACUUUGUUCGACUUGGAAUAAUGUGGUCUGGCGUCGAGCCACAAUCACACAAAUACAAUCAAACCUAUUUGGAUACCAUGAAACAAAUCGUCGAACUAUUGAAAUCCCACAACAUUUUUGUUCUGCUCGAUAUGCACCAAGAUGUUUUGAGUAGCCGAGUUCAAUCAUAUGAUGGCAUACCAGCAUGGUUAUAUGAUCAAUUUCCGGCACCAGCUCAUGCAUAUCCUUGGCCAUUGCAAUCGGCACCACCAGUUGGAGAUUGGUUUUUCGGGUAA